GGCGAGCAUUGCGCGUGGGGAGAAGACGGUGGAGAGUAUUGUGCAGCCUUUUCAUGACCGGAGAGUUCUGCAGCCGGAGAAGCCAUUCCGGCCACCGCGGUUCGACCACCAUGAAUACAACAAACCACCACCUCUCCUCGGCAACUCCGAUGCUAAGGAGGAGCGGAAGAAAGAAUGUACAUGCGCGUUGUUGAAACUUUCGAAGGAGCAAGUUGAGAAACUCAAAAAGAGAGCAAAUUCGUCUAACACAACUGAUGUGAACAUGGUGGGACUCGAUGAGAAACAGUUGCGACCAUACAGCCGAUAUGAAUCUAUUGCUGGCCACAUGUGGGUAUGUGCGUGCAAAGCCCGCAGUACUGGUGAUGGUGACGCCUCACAAUCGACAAUGAUUCGCGUGGCAGUCGACGUACGACGACGCCUUGGAACACCAAUUCCCAAUAACUUCACUGGAAACUCAACGCUAACUGCGGUGACACCAAAAUGCCAGUUCGGUAAUCUAAUAACCCAACCGUUGAGCUAUGCUGCAGGAAAAAUCCGAGAAGGGACGUGGAAGAUCACCGACGAGUACGCAAGGUCAGCCAUGGAUUUUUUGGCUGGUCAAGAAGACAUUAGUUGGGUCCGAACCUCGUACCACACUGUUGUUCAAUUCGACGCUCCGUUUUGGGGGAACCCUAAUUUGUCAUUGGGAAGUUGGAUGUCGCUACCGUUGUACGAGGCAGAUUUCGGGUGGGGGCGACCGUGUUACGUCGGGCCACCUACACUAAAUGCAGACGGAAAGUCGUUCAUCAUGCCAGGAACAACCGAUGAUGGCUCGCUCAUUGUAGCGAUACGACUGCAGACGAAGCAUAUGGAUGACUUUAAGAAAUUUUUCUACGAAGGUUUGUGAGGAACAAGAUUGAACAAAUCGAAAAUAAUGUCUCUCUCAAAUUAUGCAGUGUGGUCAUCCUUGUUGUUGUAGGGCCGAGCUUUUUUACUUUCUUCUUUUCUUUUGCAUGCAGUAAUUGAGUUGUUUGAAUUUUUUAAAUAUUAUUAUUUGAAAACUAUUGAGUGUGCCCUUUUGCGUCAUUUCGUGGCAGGUUGAUUAUUAUAUAUAUUUAUUAUGGUUCAAAUUU